AUGAAAUUCAACGGAAAGACUAGUCCAGAUGCAACAGACCAAUGGCUGAAAAACCUUGAAAGGAUCUUUGAUGCAAAAAUGUGCCCCGCGGAGAACAGAUUGGACUUCACAGUAUACAUGCUCAUCAGAGAAGCUGAGCAUUGGUGGAUCAACAUGAAAUCCAUCAUGAAGGAGCGGGAGGAUCCAAUGACUUGGGAGGCAUUCAGGGGGAAAUUCCUCUCUGAAUACUUUCCAGACAGUGUGAGAUAUGCCAAGGAGGUGGAAUUCCUCCAAUUGGCCCAGGGAGGAAAAUCAGUGACGGAAUAUGCUGAGAAGUUCAAGCAUCUCAGCCGCUUAUACAGCUUGCCACUCAAUGAGGAGUGGAGAUGCCGGAAAUUCAAGAACGACCUUCGGGAAGAUAUCUGA